AUGUCGCGGCCACGAGCCGUCUCUGGCGCUGAUGCGCAUAAAGAACCUCAUUCUAUCUCGUUGAAAGGCUUUCACGGCCAUCGCUAUCUCUACAACAUCCUCUCCCAGAUUCCGAUGCGCACAUCUCGAAAAGAGCUUCUCUCAGCUAUCCCUCAGGCACAUCCGAUCCGCAGUUCAUACUUAGUCCAAAUGUGGCUCACCCUACCACCAGCCUUUGGGUCAGCAUAUGUUGGCGAGACGUUUGCAUGCUCGCUCUCCGCCAACAAUGAAGCGCUCAACGGGAACUCUCGCGUCGUCGCCUCGAUUAGGAUGCAGGCAGAUAUGCAAACCCCCUCGCAGACGAUCCCGCUCGAACUACUCCCGCCAGAUGAAGAGUCGAGCCAAGUAGCUGGAGCGUCUGCCGCCAAUUCUGUUCAGAAGAUAAUACGCUUCGAUUUGAAAGAGGAGGGCAACCAUGUGCUGGCGGUAAGCGUGAACUACACCGAGAUAUUGAUGGUACCCAACAAAGACGCACAGAGCGGAUACCAGGCUUCUGGAGGGAGGGUGCGGACAUUUAGGAAGCUGUACCAGUUCAUUGCCCAGCCUUGUCUCAGUGUACGGACCAAAGCUACGGAAUUGGCCCCGCGUGAGAUAGAGAACCGUUCACUUGGACCAUACGGGAAGACGCGGUUACUUCGUUUUGCGUUGGAGGCACAGCUUGAAAAUGUUGGAGACGGGGUCAUUGUUCUGGGGGUUCCAACGCUUAAUUCAAAGCCUCCAUUCAAAUCGACAUCGCUGAAUUGGGAUUUCUACCAAAGAAAUGGAGAGCGGAAGAAAGACGCUCCGACUUUGGCCCCGAGAGAUGUCCUACAGAUUGCAUUUCUGGUCGAGCAGGAAGAAGGCCAACAGGAGGGUCUCGAAGUCAUGCAAAUGGAUAUCAGUCGAGAUGGCCGCACAUCCCUUGGCCAACUGUCUAUCCAGUGGCAAGGUGCUAUGGGAGAGAAGGGAUACUUGACAACAGGAAGCUUGAUGACAAAGAGGAGACCAUAA